AUAAAUCGGCGACCGCUCAUCGUUAUCGCCGCCGACGGCGCAAAUUAAUCGCGGCCCCGAAGUCCGCGGCGUCGUCGGUGUUCGGCUCUCUGGCCGCCAUUAUUGCUUUCCAGCGAAACCACGCUAUACGCAAAAUCGGGUUUAUAUGUGUAAAUUUUUCGGGCGAUUUAUCAACCAGAUUGCGUUCGCUGGUGCAUGAAAAGUGCGAUUUUUUAUCAGCCAACCGAUAACACGACAGCCAAGGCGGAAUAAAAAUAAAUAAUAACAAGAAGAGGAAGACAACAAACAAUCAAAAAAAGAAAGAAAAAAGAACACAAUUUUGAUUCAGCCUAAAACGAUGAUGAACUGAAAUGUGCAAAUUUGAUGAACGUAAUUAUGCCAAUUCACACAGAACCUUCGAUUUCAACGUGAAAAAUGUCGUCGACACAUUUGCUGCAUUCGCUGUCACUGUUGUUGCUACCACUGCGUUGUCGUCGUAAUUGCCACCAGAUCGUUUCCUUGGCCAUAAUCCUGCUGUCGGCGCUGUCAGCCAGAGCUCCCGAGGAUCAAGGAGGACGACAGGCGAGGGAGGAGGAGGCGGAGGAGGAGCGGCAGGCGGACCGCCGGGAGGGUGUCCAGGGGGAGGAGGAGGACACGCCCUACAUAGUCGCCAAUCCACACCCAAUCCUCACCAGCAGUGGCACUACGUCUUCGGCCAGGGCAACGGGCACAGGGGCUGCGUUAACCAGCUGGCAGAGCAGCCACAGCCACCGCAGCCCCGGUGCUCACGAUCGGGAUCGGUGUCAGGAACAGGAUCAGAAGCAGGAGCACCUGUUCUACCCCAGCAAGCCCUAUCUCCAGCUAACAAAUACAGCCCCCUCCUCGACAGCGAGUAGAGAAGCCAACACAACGCCGACAGCGCAUCGGAGUAGAUCCUCCAGAAUCCAAAUUAGCAGUAGCAGCACUAGUCCUGCCCACUGCAGUUGGACCGCCGGAGCAAUCGUAGCCUCCAUAGCAUCCAUAGCCACCUAAGCAGCCGAUUCCACUAGGCAAACUCUCAAAACAGCCACAGCAACAGCAAAUAGAAACGUUCCACACCCCACAACAACCCAACCCAACCCAAAACCACCCACAAGCAAAACCCAAACAAAAGCCAGCAAGAUGUCCAAGCUGUCGUUCAGAGCCCGCCAUUUGGAUCCGUCCAAGCAGAUGCCCAUCUACUUGGCGGAGGAGCUGCCCGACCUGCCCGAGUACUCAGCCAUCAACCGGGCAGUGCCUCAGAUGCCCAGUGGCAUGGAGAAGGAGGAGGAGUCGGAGCACCACUUGCAGCGGGCUAUAUGCACGGGCCUGAUCAUCCCUACGCCCGAGGUGCUGCAGACGGAUCAGCCCUUCUACGAUGCCUACUAUCCGCCGGACUACAAGAUGCCCCGCCAAAUGAUCCACAUGCAACCUCUUGGGCUGGAUACCGAGGUCCCUGACUACGACAUGGACAGUGCCGAUGAGGACUGGCUCAGUCAGCAGCAGCGCCUGGAGCUCACCGAACUUAAGUUCGAGCAGAUGAUGGACCGGCUGGAAAAGAGCUCCGGCCAAACGGUGGUCACGCUAAACGAGGCCAAGUCGCUGCUUAACCAGGACGACGAGACUAGCAUAUCCGUCUACGAUUACUGGCUGAACAAACGCCUCAAGAUGCAACACCCGCUGAUCCUCACGGUGAAAACUGAGAGUCGACCGGGCGCCAGCUCCAACAAUCCGUACUUGGCUUUUCGUCGUCGCACCGAGAAAAUGCAAACUCGCAAAAAUCGUAAGAACGACGAGGCCUCCUACGAAAAGAUGCUCAAGCUGCGACGUGACCUGCAGCGCGCCACCACUAUACUGGAGAUGGUGAGGCGGCGCGAGGAGACGAAGCGCGAUCAUCUCAAGAUGACGGUGAACAUCUUCGAGAAGCGCGUUGAGAUGCGCGACUUCAACGGUGCUGUCUACUCGGAGCUGAAUUCUCAGUACAAGAACACAAGACCCGCGUAUAAUCCAUUGUAUACGAAUCAAUACUCACAAGGGGCGGCGGCGGUGGGAACGGCUGGUGCCAUUCUAGCUGCCCUGCCCACGGGUCUGCUGCCGGGCGGUGCUGGAGCGGCAGGCAAUGCGAAUGUCUUCGGCUCAGCGUCGCAGUACCUGAACACGAAUCUGACAAUGGAUGCCAUCAGUGGCAGUGGGAACGGGAGCAGCAGUCGCAAGGAGAAGCGUCCUUACAAGAAGCGCAAGCACAAAUUGCCACGCGAAAAGCAGCAGCACCAGCAGCAGCAACCGCAGCAGCACCAACAACAGCAGCAACAACAGUAUUUGCCGGGUCUGCCGGCGUCUGGUGGCGCCGGAGUCUCGCCCGCGCACCACCUGCCCCACCAUCUGCACCUCAGCAGGCAGCAGAGUGCCUCGCCGGCAGCCAACGACUCGAUUGCGGACAGCGAGGAGGAGGAGUACUUUGGCGCCGCUGCCCAGAAUGGCAACAAGCUGGGCUCCGAGAGCGAGGAAGAGACGCCGUUUGCAUUUAGGCGCAGGUCGAGCUGUGUUUACCUGCCGACUCGACACCGAGAUGGUCGCUAUCCGUGGGACUCAGCCGACGAGGAGAUGGCGCCCAGUGGUGCUUGCUCGGAUGCUAAAUACCGAUACACACUGACCUCCCUCAAUUAUCCCAGACCACGCUGCAUUGGCUUCGCACGUCGUCGAUUGGGUCGUGGCGGUCGCAUCCUGCUGGACCGGGCCACAACGAAUUUCGACGACUUCUGGUCGCAGCUGGACUACACGGUGAUGGAAAGUGUGGUGGUUGAUAAGCGUAGCGAUAAAAUCAAGCAAGAGGAACCCGAUCAGCUGUGCAAGCCCAGUUCACCGCCCACGGUGGUGGAUCUGGUUCCCUCCGGAAAACCCGUCGAUGGUGAGCUUCCUGUUCCUGAUCUGAUAAAAGAAGAACCGCCAAGCGAUGCAGAGAAACCUGCUGCUGGAACGGAUGCUGCGAAGGAGAGCAAAGAACGGGAGCUUGAAGAGAAAUUUGAGAACGAAGUAGAUGAUGAAUUCCUGGCCAGUGACGAUGAGAAUGUGUCCCGGCUUGGAAUCUACAGCUCAGCGGUUACGUUACCCCAAAGUUGGGUUGAUCUUCGUCAGAAACGUCGGCGCCUGCGUCGCAAGAAGCAAGAGAUGCGAGAUCUUAAUGCUGCAAAGCGUUUAAAGAGAUCUUCGGAAGCGGUAGCAUCAGCUGAAGAGGUUCAACUGGAGGACGAGGACACCAAACCAGAUCUGUGUCCAUUGCCCAGGGCCUACCUUCAGCGUUUGGCAUUGGCUCUUGGACAUAAACUGAAGAUGGAAGAGGAUGAGAAUACGGAAGUUUCCGAGAAUUUGGCGCCAGAGUUGCUGGAGAAGAAUGAUCCGGAGCAGUUGCAGCCCCCGCGAGCCAAUCAUCAGCAACACCACCGUUCCAACCACAACAACAACAACAAUACCGUGUUGAACAACAACAAUAGUAGUAGUAGUAACGUUAUGAAUAAGGAUGUUAGCAUUAGCGAAAAAAUCAAUGUGAUAAAGCAGGAGGCGGAGGAGCUCGUCGACGGCGCAUGCGAGGAUCAACCGGUAGCCUCCACCUCAGCGGCAGCGGCCGCCGCUCGUGCCGCUGAAGCAGCCGCUGCAGCGGAGGCAGCCGCAUCGACGGGCACGCUUGCGGUAACGAAUCCAGGACCCUCGCUGGAGGAGGUGGCGAAGACGAUAAAGCGCGAGCUGAUCGAUGCCGACGACUCCAAUGAGCCGCUGAGCAGCAUUCGCACAGCAGCUGUCCUACAGUCCGCGCAGACCUCCGUUUCCGAGCUCAUGGACGAUGAGGCGGAGGACGAUGUCAAUCUCGCCCAGCUAAGCAGUAUCAUCCGGCAUACGGCGGUCAAGAAGGAACUGGAGGCCCAGCAGCAUCAGCAACAGGUACAGCACGAACAGAUGCAAGCCGCCAGGAAGAUGGAAGAGGAUGACGCCGCUCCCUGUCUGAACCAGCUGCCGGACGUGAUCCGCUUACGAAAUCUCCGCAACAGCCAAGUGCAUGCGAGGCCCAAGGACCUGUUUAUACAAGCUCCUGUUGAUGAAGAGUUCAAUGCAGACUACAUGGGUGGACUGUCGCCCACUUCCAGCCAGCGCCUAGAUAUCUGCAAUGAGCUGCUUUCGGAGAUUCGACGCGAUUGGCUUCACUUCCGGCCCAAAACUCCCACAGAUGAGCUGUCCGAUAGCCAAGAUUGCGAAGUGGGUAAGACGUGUGAUAGUCACGCUGUCGACUGGACACAGGACACUCCCAUAAGUGUGGAACUCAAUCGGUUAGGAAAGCGAGAAGCAGAGGAAAGCGAUUCCAGCUCGUACUUCUUGAGCAGUGGCUUUAAAUACAGGGAUCUCGAGUCAGAUGCCCAAUUGCUGCAAACGGUCCAAGCUCAGGACUACGCUCGCGGCAGCAGCAAGAGUCCAAACUGCUCUGGGUCAGGUUCGGGAUCUGCUCUAGAGUUUAACCUCAGUGGUGGUGACUCCCUAAACGAUAUCAACAACCUGUUGGGCGAUGAUGACGAGGACGACAACCACGAGAACAUGCUGGAUAACAUCUUGCAGGAGUGCGCCAUGGAUGAUCCCAAGGCAUUGAACCAAGCUACUAGUUUUUGGAACGGUAUUCUGGAUGGCGAGGCAGCCGUGGACGAAGUGGAAAUUGCCGAUCAGCUGUUGGAUUGUAUAGACGAGAAGAAACCCAAGGUGGGUGCAGCUGAUUCAUCGAAGCGCGCGGGUCGCAACCGCAAAGCAAGAUCGACCCUCACUCCGGUGGGUAGCUCCGCAUUUACUGUGUGUCCCACGGCGGAGUCUCUCAAGGAGCGUGAGCUUUUCUUCAGUCAAGCACCGCCAGUAGGAGUCCCGCCCAAAGAGGAACCUCCAGCAGAAGUUGAACAGCCGGAAGUUGUGGUCAAGGAAACACCGAAUUUGCCUGUAAAGGUGGAGUUGGUGGAGAAACCCCAGGCGGAGGUUGUCCCCGUUGCCCCACAGCCGCAACAGCUUCAGCCACAGGCCAUUGCUUUGCCGACGACGCAGCUGAUCAACAUACCCGCCCAGAUAACCACGCAGAAACAGCAGCAACAGCAGCAGCAGCAGCAGCAACCACAGGUGACGCAAUUGCUCAAUCAGUUUGCCAACGCUGGUCCGCAGAUCAUCGCCCGCACAGAAUACGGCGGAGGAGCAGCUGUGGGCGAUAUAGUGACCAUAACCCCGCACACGGGGAGCAGUCCACUCCCCACACUCACCGCCCAGCAGCAACUGCAGCACCAGUUGGCGCAGGCUCAACUCCGAAACGUGACCGUCCAACAGCGGCAGGCGACACCUCAAAACCCCAAUCAAAGUCAAAAUCCCCAGCAGCAGUUGCUCUUCCAAAUGCAGCGGGAUCCCUCGCGCUCCCUGACGCCCCUACAAGCUGCCGGCGCUGGCGCCUCUGGCAACCAUUUGAUCUACACAACAAGCUGCGGCGAGAUUGUCACAGCAGGGGUUGCAGGUUCUGCCUCUCAGAAGGUCGCAUAUGCUAUCCAGAAAGCCGGAGUCUCAAGUGGAGGAGCCACCACCGCUUCUAUUGGACCCAACACAGUCAUCACGCUGUCGAAUGUAAAGGUGCAGAACGAUGAUAUCUCCUCUGGUGGCAGUGGCAACUCAGGAUCCAGUGUGAACAUCAUCAACACGGCCAGUGGCCAGCAGCUGGCCGUGCACAGCAUCGCCGGAAUGCAACAGCAGGGCCAACAACAGGUGCAACAGGUGACCACCAGUACGCCCUUGCUUGUCGCCACACCUACUCGCAACAAUGUGCAACAGCAGCAGCAGCAGUUGGUGCAGCAGCAACCGAUUGUUUGGCGCCAGGUGAGCGGAACGAACACGGCGGUGGCCACCACAGCAGUGCCCUCCACCACGGUGGACUCCUCGCCAAAGGCGGUUACCAACCAGAUCCUCUGGACCAGCCGGGCCACCCAGAAACGGCAGCUCAACGGACCAGAAAACACAGUUUACAUUGCAGACAUCAACAAACUCCUCCUCAAUCGGAAGUUGCCGCGUAAGCAACAGAUACAACUGCACCAACAGAUUCAACUGACCAAGCAGCAGCUUCAACAAUUGGUGCAGCAUGAGGAACUGGAUGAACUAGUGGCCACAUCCACGGGCAACAGUGGCGAUCAGAUGGAAACCGGCGAUGGACUGCAACAGCAACAACAACAGCAGCAUCAACAGCAGCAGCUGCAGAAGCUUAGCAAAGUGAUCAAGAUGUCGCAGUUCCCACUGCUCGUGUCGGAUGUAAGUCUGCAGCAGCAACAGUCGGUGUCAGGCCAAGCUCAGCAGCAGCAACUAAAGCCAAACUCUGCAGCGGCGAUUGCAGCUAAUCACAACUACAGCCUGCACCCUGCCUCCACGGCGAUCAUCACCGCCCAGGCGACACCCCAGCAGGCCAACAAGAUCUUCCUGACCAGCAGUAACAGUGGUGGCGGCGGAUCCACUGGCAACUUUACCAUUGCCACUGCCAGCGAACUGCAAGCGGCGGCAGCCGGCCAAAAGCUUCACUACAAGGAGCUGCCAAACUCCAACCUCAAACUGAACUUUGUGAGCAGCGCGGGGACGGGUGACCAAUCGCAGCAGGUGGGCGCCACAACUGUGCUUCUGAACAAAUCCCAACAGCAGCAGCAACAACAGCAGCAUCAGAAGCUGAAAACGUUGGCCACCACGGGAAAUUCCCAAACUGGCCAGGGUGACAAGCGGGUGCUGUACACCAGUCUGCUGAAUGUAAAACCGCUGCAGAAGAACAGUGGUCAGAUGCAGAUGCAACUGGGACCGGGAGGAUUGCAACAGGUGCUUCGCGGACGACUCAACAAUUCGGCGAUCAUUACUAGAACGUUGCCGUUGGGCACCACUGUAAACAGUACCGGUGGCGCUGUGGGUCCUACCACCACGACCAUUAGGCAGUUGGUUACCACGAAUGCGAACAACGUGAGCAGCCAAGAUGGCAACCUACUGAGUGCAAAGGAAGUAGGGAAAGCACUGACAGUGGAGCAGGUGAUAGCAAGCGCUAACAACGGAGGCGUGGUGCUGCCCACGAGCAACAACAAUAAUAACAACAAUGGAAGUGGAGCUGGCGGAAAUGGAGGACCUUUGAACAGCGGCGUCAAUGCCACGGGAGCUGGCGGAGGAGGAUCUGCUGGCGCGGGUGUAGGGGGAGCUGGUUUGACGUCCACCAUCAACAGAUGAGACGCGGAUGGCAGCGGCAGCAACAGCUAACAUCGAGCACAACCCUUGCAAGUGCCCAACGGCCCUCUGCUCAGUUUGGCAUCAACCCAAACGGAGGCGGAAGCCCAGGCGGUGGCCAUAUCCCUGCCUUUGGCG